GCGCAACCUUCCUUAAAGUAAAUAAAAUAACUAAAAUUGAGGAAGCCCCGGAUGGUGACAAACUUUUAGAAUUUAAUGCUAAUUGUCCUCAAUAUCCUGAAACAAGCACUGUCGAGUCUUCUGUGUUUCAUAUUGGUAAAUAUGUGUCCAAUCUGCUUGGGUCGGCAAUGGAUACUGCCAUAAAAGAUUUUAUCGAAUGUGACUUGAUUUAUAUUAAACCAGAAAUAAUUUCAGUAUUUCCUUCAAAAAAUAAUAUAGACGCAACUAAUAGUUCGGCACCAGAUCCAGACAGGGGAUUAUCUCUUAGAUCAAGCACUUUGAUAUCAAUGGGACAAAGGUCGCUGUCAAAACUCAAUUUAGGGGGUAAGAAUGGAAAUCCACGUCAAGCUAUUGGAAAAAAUGAUGUAUUGCUAGGAAAUAGGUUUUUUAUCCGAAGAGAACUUUCUUUUUACAUCAGAGCACCUUUUAAUAAUGAAUGGAUAUGUAUUGAUCCGGAACUUUCUCGCCCGAUAAAUCUAAAAACA